AAAAAUAUGGAAAAUAAUAAAGUAUUAUUAACACUAUCUAAUAGUACCAUUAAAGCAAGAAAAUAAUGUGAGAGAGGAAGAAAAAGAGGAGCUAAAGCACUUUCAUUGGUCCCAUACCAUGUCUCCUCACUAGCUAUCCUCGAUGUGAUCUUGUUCAAUAUUAUUAUUUCCUUUUCUUCUCUCCCACUGCAAAUUUGUUUUCUUCUCCCUCAAAUUCCUUUCCAACUUCUCUCCUACUCAAAGAAAUACUAAAAAAAAAAACUAAAAAAAAAUUAUCACUGGCUAUGAUGUCUACCAACAAAGGGAAAGAUGUAGCAGAAGGAUCGUCGUCUGCUUCUGCUGCUGCUGCUGCUGAUCAGCAACAACUGAAGCAGGCGCAGCCGGCUCAACUGAGCCGGUAUGAGUCACAGAAGAGGAGAGAUUGGAACACUUUUGGGCAGUACUUGAGGAACCAGAGGCCUCCAGUUGCUCUUUCACAGAGUAACUCAAACCAUGUCCUGGAUUUCCUUCGGUACUUGGACCAAUUCGGAAAGACCAAGGUGCACUUACAAGGGUGCGUGUUUUUUGGGCAGCCAGAGCCUCCUGGCCCUUGCACUUGUCCACUUAGGCAAGCUUGGGGGAGCCUUGAUGCACUGAUCGGACGGCUGAGAGCUGCUUAUGAAGAGAAUGGUGGGUUGCCAGAAACAAACCCAUUUGCAAGUGGAGCUAUAAGAGUGUAUCUGCGUGAAGUCAGAGAUUCUCAAGCCAAGGCUCGGGGAAUUCCGUACAAGAAGAAGAAAAAGAAGAGGAAUCUAUUGAAGGCCAAUCUCGACCACAAUCCCAACUUCACCAUGCACCAAUCUUGAAUCUUGAUCACCUGUCUCUCUCAACAAAAUGGCGCCAAUUUGAUUUCCAACCCAAAUGCACCAUGAAGGUUUGGAGCUGCACCAGUCUGGGUGGUGCAAACACUCAACUCCAUGUCACCAUUGAUGGUCAUUGUCUAUUUUCUUUCGCACUUAUAUAUUAUUUUAUCGAGAAAUCAAAACACGAAGUAAGUGAAGUCGAAGCUGAAUCGAGAUUAUGAGUAAGUUCCCUCUUCCACUUUCUUGUAGGUUAAUCAGUACAAUGUCUCAUAGAUAAAUGGUUUAAGUAUUACUACGUACCAUAAACUAUAUCUCAAGUCUCUCUCUUUCUCUUUUUCUCUUUCUCUCUCUCUCUCUCUCUCUCUCUCUCUCUCUCUCUCUUCAUGCAAGAGUAUUGUGUUUCGGUUGUUCCUAUAAUUUUGGAUAAAUGCUGGUUGAGAUUACAUGUGUAAUUAUUGUGGGGUUCCAUGAAUUUCUAUAUAUACAAGCAGGCUACUUUAUAUGAUCA